AUAUGAGUCAGAGGCCUGGCUGGGAGUUUACUGUAGGCUCGCCAGUCGGUCAUUCUGCCGUGUUUCUUUCGUUGCUGUUGUUUCUGCUGUGUGAUUUGCUUGGCUGUUUGGAACACAUACACACGCAAAGAUGGAUCAAGAAAUGUUAAUAGAAGUCGCCAAGCAGGUGAAAGAUCUUCCCAUGUACCCGUACUUCGAAAUAGCGCAUUACACACUGAUGUGCAUGUACGUGAGGGAAGAUUUUGCAGCCGGUGCAGGUUUGUGUAAUACUUUUUUUCUUGCCAGUUUUGUUCUCUGUAUUACUAGAACGUGUGCACACGUGUUAGAAAGUGCCGUAGGAAAUGCUGAGAGGAUAAACAGGAUAACAUACAUGGCAGAUGGUGCCUGCGUGCGCGACAAUGCUUGCUGUCGUUUCAGGUAUUUAAUCAACUAUUCUCCGUUCGACGUCGUAUACAAGAUGGCGAGGUUUGCCCCCGUCAAGCUCGUGCCGCAGCUGAUGGUGGAGGUGCGGCGUACGCACCGCAUCCACCUCUCCGUCACGCGCUCUCUCCACAAAUACGACGAUUUUUACAUCCUAGCCGUCCUCGUCGGCACCUCGUUCGCGGCUGGUAGUAACAUCAUGAGAACGGCAGAGCGACUCGUGAGAGGAAUCUGGUCCCCUGGUCAGAACGAGGCACUGCAACCUUCUUUCUACACGAAGGCGUGCGCGCUCUUACAGAUCACGCAUCUAGCAGUUGCGUUAGACAUCAGCACGGCAGAUGGUUUUGCUAACUGA